GCGGCACCGGCUGGUUUGCGCGUCGAGACCGGGAAGGUAGAGCUGCGUGUGCCGCGCGGCUGCUUUCCUCGCUCCAGCUGCCGGCGAGCGUAGUGUUAACGCCCAUCCGCCCGGGCCCCGGGGAUCCCCCCAGCCCGGCUUCCUUGGAGGAGACGCGGCCCCCCCCAGCACUUGGGACCCGGGCGUCUCGGACCGCUCGUCCAGUCGCUGGGGAGCCGCCGGCCGGAGCAGCUGGGAGAAGCAGGCCGGAGCCUUCCGGGGCCUCGGGCGCGGGGACCCGUGGAGGAUGAGCUGGCUCUUUCCCCUGACCAAGAGCGCCGCCUCCUCCGCAGCUGGGUCCCCCGCUGGCCUCACCAGCCUCCAGCAGCAGAAGCAGCGCCUCAUAGAGUCCCUCCGGAAUUCACACUCCAGUAUAGCUGAAAUACAGAAAGAUGUGGAAUACAGAUUGCCAUUCACCGUAAACAACCUGACAAUUAACAUUAAUAUAUUACUCCCUCCACAGUUUCCUCAGGAAAAACCAGUCAUCAGUGUUUACCCACCAAUACAACAUCACUUAAUGGAUAAACAAGGAGUAUAUGUUACCUCUCCAUUAGUAAACAAUUUUACAAUGCACUCAGAUCUUGGAAAAAUUAUUCAGAGUCUGUUGGAUGAGUUUUGGAAGAAUCCUCCAGUUUUAGCUCCUUCUUCAACAGCAUUUCCAUACCUGUACAGUAAUCCAAGUGGGCUGCCUCCUUAUGCAUCUCAGGGUUUCCCAUUUCUUUCUCCAUUUCCCCCACAAGAACCUAACAGGACUGUCACUUCUUUGUCUGUUGCUGACACUAUUUCUUCUUCAACAACAAGUUACACACCAGCAAAACCUGCAGCUCCUUUUGGCAUCCUUUCAAAUCUGCCGUUACCUGUUCCUACAACAGACACAUCAGCACCGAUAAGCCAAAAUGGUUUUGGUUACAAGAUGCCAGAUGUUCCUGAUACAUUUCCAGAACUCUCAGAACUAAGUGUGUCACAGCUUACAGAUAUGAAUGAACAAGAGGAAAUAUUACUAGAACAGUUUCUGACUUUGCCCCAACUAAAACAGAUUAUUACUGACAAGGAUGACUUAGUAAAAAGUAUCGAAGAGCUAGCAAGAAAAAAUCUCCUUUUGGAGCCCAGCUUGGAAGCCAAAAGGCAAACUGUUUUAGAUAAGUAUGAAUUGCUUACACAACUGAAAUCUGCUUUUGAAAAGAAGAUGCAAAGGCAGCAUGAACUUAGUGAGAGUUGUAGUGUGAGUGCCCUACAGGCAAGACUGAAAGUAGCUGCACAUGAAGCUGAGGAAGAAUCUGAUAAUAUUGCUGAAGAUUUCUUAGAGGGAAAAACUGAAAUAGAUGAUUUUCUCAGUAGCUUCAUGGAAAAGAGAACAAUCUGCCACUGUAGAAGAGCCAAGGAAGAGAAACUUCAACAAGCAAUAACAGUGCAUAGCCAAUUCCAUGCCCCACUAUAGAUUUUCCUGAAAACAUAAACCACCAAGACAGAAAUGACACAAGACUAAGCACAUUUAUAUGUAUGAUUUGCAAAUUGGCAUUUCAUCACAAUGGCUGAAUUCAUAAAUAUUCUGGAUAGACUAUAUGCAGAACUGAGACUGAUUUUGUACAGAUUAGAAUAACUGCUGUGGUCUUUGCUUUGAGAAAUUUUUCUGCAUGAUUUGCACUAUAAAUGUUUAUUUAUUGUUGAUAAAUCCUAUCAUAUUUAAGUUCCACUGCUGUUCCUCUUUUAUUAAGUACCUAUGCAUGUAAUUUUAGCUAGUAACAAUAUUUUAUAAAGUUGCUUCAUUUAAAUUUAUAUUUUUAGUUUGAAACUGCCUCAUUUCUUUAUCAAAAAAUGGUUUAUUUUUCCUCUUAACCUUUUUGAAAAAUGACUAUUUUCAACUAUAGAAAGCCUUAUUUUUCCUUCUAUCAUGAUGAUAAAACUUUCAAAACAAUUUGUUUUUAAAUUAUUCAUAGUGUCAGGAAAUAUCAAACCUACUAAUGUGCCAUCUCAAGAAAGUAACUUUUAAUACACAAUAAAUCAAGAGAAUACAUCAGCUGCCCAUUUAUUGUUUAAUUUUUAAAAUUAAAGAUACAUUUAAGAAGCAAUACAGUUAAAUAAUUAUUUUACCUAGCAGAAAAAAAUUGCCUUCCACUUCACCCAGUCCAACAUAAACUUUCAUACUAAUUUUUUAUAUAAAUAUGAUAGAUUUAUGAUUGGAUAAUGAAAUACUCUAUAAAUUCCUAGUGUUAAAAACAAUCUUUUUGUUAAUAAAUAGAAAAUCUAGACACAGAAGUCAAUGAAUUUUUUUGACCUUUACUGUGAGUUAGCUUUUCAUAAGAGAACAGCUUUAGUAAUAAUAUUUAACUUUUAGGCAGUCCAGUUUUUAAUUAGUUUUAUUAAAUUUGCUCUUUAAAUGAUACAGUGUUCAGUUCUUUGCUUCUGUACCAUGUUUCAGAAUGAACACAUUUUAUGGGUAGCUGUAAAAGCUAAUAAAGGAGAAAAUCUGUAACUAUAUGUAUCUGAGGCUUGGUAAGUUAGUAUCUAAAUCACAAAACAAUUUAGUGCAGAUUUUUGUUUAAAUUUCAUCUCAAUAUAUAUUGUUAUUCCAAAUGCCAGCAUAUAGUAGUACAGAUAUCUUUUUCCUUCAUUCUGUUGCUUUCUAUACACAUUCUUGGCAAUAGAACUUUAGGAAAAACAAAAUUAUUUUCCUAGACUUGAAAAAUAUUUAAUCUGUCUUUGCUUUGUGGAAGAGCAAGUAUCCAUAUGGACUAUAAAUAUAUAAUUGGAAUAAAGAUGUUAACUUUCACUAAUUGCCUGUCUCACUGGCGCUGUGCUAAGGGCAUGCUGUUUAAUCUUCAAAAUGACCAGACAUGAUUUUUAUGGAUUUGUAGAUGAAAUAACUGAGGUAAGUGUUUUAAAUUUGUGGCAGAGUCUUCUGGGUAUUUAGAAACCUUUCCAUAUUGUACAGACCAGCAGAACUUCCGAUUUUCCCAGCAGUCACUGCGAUAGAGGGCAUAAUAGUUCCAGUCUUUUGCAAUCAAUCAGGUAUCUUUCUUUGAAACUAUAUAGAACCCAUAAUAAGAGACCAGCAGAUCACAGACAGUUUAAAGGGACAUAAAUUCAUUUGAUAUACUAGUUUUAGGAAACACAUAUUCAGAAUAAGGCACUGUGGAAAUACUAUACAGUAACUCAAACAUGGUUUAGUUGCUUGGGUGCUCAUCUAACUUCCCCUCCACAUAAAAACAAAUUUAAAAGAAAACACAACAAACAAACCAAAAGAACACAUUUUCUUACACAGUAAAUUUCUAUAUAAUCCCAUAUUCAUCUCAAUGCUUUUUAUUCUUUAAACCAAACUUCUUCCUCAUUUCAUUCUGUACCUGUUAACCUAGCUUUUUUCCUCGUUCCAAAAUUAAUUAGGCAACUUCCUUACAACCCAGUCAUUAAAAAGAGGAGUUCAAUCAUGAAUAUUUGCAUUUAACCAAUAGACAAUUAGUUCAGAUAUAGGUUGUAUAAGUUGUCCAAGACAGAAAAAUGUCUGCAUUUGAAUAAUUGUGAAUUUUGGUUUCUAUUGCAGUAGAAAAAGUACAUGUUUUUUGGGCAACUUUAUGGCUAUAUUGUUUUCUUCUAAAAAUUGGUCAUUUGGAGAAGUUGUGCCAGAGGGGGAAAAAUGCCUGGCAAGGCAGAGAUUCUGAUUUUACUUUAACAUGUAAGAGAAAACCAGAUGGAAAUCAGGAAAUGGAGGAAAGCUUAAGAGUUAUUAUUCAGAGUACAGGUUUGUCAUAGGUAGAAAUUUAAACACUAAUAUCUCAAUAGAAGAAGGUUUUAUAAAUAAGUGGGAUGUACAGUAAAGAUAUCCCUUUCAAAGUUGGAAGAUUUCCUAGAAAUAAGAGUAGGAAAUUUCUAUUGGAAUAGAGGUUGUUUGACAGAUAAGUUUGAUCAUAAAUUACAUUUGCUUUAAUGGAAGGAAUUUCAGUUAAAAUUGGAAUUCAUUUUUAGGGGAAAAAGUAAACUUGAUCUUAAAGAAUAAAACCAUAUGCCAGAUUUUUCCUUAUCCUCACAUAACUUUACUCUAAAAAAAAGUUCUUUGUUGAUUGCUGAAUCAUGGUCAAAGUUAUUAAAUUUUUCAAAGUAUUACUGAGUAGCAAGUCACUUGAACUCUAAAUAUUACUAGCUGAGAAGUAAUCUGCCUUGAGUCAGUUUUACAUUAGUUUAUUACCUAUGCCUUAGACCAGGUACCCUCAAUAAAAUACUUCCUGAUUGAUGUUUCAUUUAAACUGAAAAUGUGCUAAUAGAGAUUUUUAGUCUUUUGGAUUAGCCAUGCUCUUUCUAGACCCUGUGAAAGCAUAAUAAAGUUUUAAUAUGCAAUAAAUGUUACCUUUUAUAUAAAUAUCAGUAUUAGAUUAACUUCUAAUAAGUCUAAAUGAACAUGUAUAAAUUAUAGUAAUUUGUAAAAUGUUUGGGAAGGCUGAAAAAAGAGUUUGUGUCUAAUGUGGAAGACAUCACAUUAAAGACAUUUUAAAAUAUUAUAUAUUUAUACUAUUUGUGUUUCAGAAUAAAUGCAUAGUUUUGUUUCAUAUA